AAUUAAUUCCAGAAGUGUCUACAUUAUUGGUGAAUUACCGACCAAUACGAUUCCGCCUUCUCUUUAAUCCUUCCAGUUCCCUCUCGAUCUUUCUCCAAACUUCUACUACAUUUACACCCCUUCAUAUAUAUAAACGCAAUUCAAUCUCCCAACCCAUCUCAGAAUUCGAAAAUUCAACAAACCAAACGUAAAUUCUUACAACAAAGCUCUCAUUUUUACCUCUUUUUCUCAUAACCCAUCUUUUACUUUCUCGUUUUUUAAUCAAAAACCGAAGUUUUUAUUUUUCUCUGUUUUUAUAAUUCCUAAUCCAAAACCCAGUUCUUGAAAUUUUGAUUCCAUGGCUUCCAAAUCCGAAGGCAAGGCAAUUGGUAUCGACUUGGGCACCACCUACAGUUGCGUUGGGGUGUGGCAAAACGAUCGUGUUGAGAUCAUAGCCAAUGAUCAAGGUAACAGAACAACACCUUCCUAUGUUGCUUUUACUGAUACAGAGCGGUUAAUCGGUGAUGCGGCGAAGAACCAAGUUGCUAUGAACCCUCAAAACACAGUCUUUGAUGCCAAGAGGUUGAUUGGGCGAAGGUUCUCUGAUGCUUCGGUUCAGGCCGACAUGAGGCACUGGCCUUUUAAGGUCAUUCCCGGCCCUGGAGACAAGCCAAUGAUUGUCGUUAACUAUAAAGGCGAAGAGAAGCAAUUCGCAGCUGAGGAGAUUUCGUCAAUGGUGUUGGUGAAGAUGAAGGAAAUUGCUGAAGCUUUUCUGGGUCAGACUAUUAAGAACGCUGUCGUUACUGUUCCGGCUUAUUUCAACGAUUCACAGAGGCAAGCCACCAAGGACGCCGGUGCCAUUUCUGGGCUUAAUGUGAUGAGAAUUAUCAACGAGCCAACGGCGGCUGCCAUUGCUUAUGGGCUUGACAAGAAGGCAUCUCGGUCCGGUGAACAGAACGUUCUGAUUUUCGAUCUUGGUGGGGGAACAUUCGAUGUUUCUCUUCUGACAAUUGAAGAAGGAAUCUUUGAAGUUAAGGCUACUGCUGGAGAUACUCAUCUUGGUGGUGAAGAUUUUGAUAACAGGCUUGUGAAUCACUUUGUUGCAGAGUUUAAGAGAAAGCACAAGAAAGAUGUUAGUGGCAAUGCUAGAGCUUUGAGGAGAUUGAGAACGGCAUGUGAGAGAGCAAAGAGGACUCUUUCUUCCACAACUCAAACCACAAUCGAAAUUGACUCACUUUAUGAAGGUAUUGAUUUCUACUCAACUAUUACUAGAGCAAGGUUUGAGGAAUUGAACAUGGACUUGUUUAGAAAAUGUAUGGAACCUGUUGAGAAAUGUUUGAGAGACUCCAAAAUCGACAAGAGUCAUGUUCAUGAGGUCGUUCUCGUUGGUGGGUCCACCAGGAUUCCCAAAGUUCAGCAACUUUUACAAGAUUUCUUCAAUGGCAAGGAACUCUGCAAAAGCAUAAACCCUGAUGAGGCAGUGGCUUAUGGGGCUGCAGUUCAAGCUGCAAUUCUCAGUGGUGAAGGGAAUGAGAAAGUCCAAGACUUGCUUCUCCUUGAUGUCACACCACUCAGCCUUGGAUUAGAAACAGCUGGUGGAGUAAUGACAGUGUUGAUUCCGAGGAACACAACGAUUCCAACCAAGAAAGAGCAAAUCUUUUCGACUUAUUCGGAUAACCAACCUGGAGUUUUGAUUCAGGUCUAUGAAGGUGAGAGAGCCAGAACCAAAGACAACAACCUUCUUGGGAAAUUUGAGCUCACUGGCAUUCCUCCUGCUCCAAGGGGUGUUCCUCAAAUCAAUGUCUGUUUCGAUAUCGAUGCUAAUGGGAUUCUGAAUGUGUCUGCUGAAGACAAGACUGCUGGUGUGAAGAACAAGAUUACUAUUACCAAUGACAAAGGGAGGUUGAGCAAGGAAGAGAUUGAGAGAUUGGUACAAGAGGCAGAGAAGUAUAAAGCUGAAGAUGAGGAAGUGAAGAAGAAGGUUGAUGCCAAGAAUUCAUUGGAGAAUUAUGCAUACAACAUGAGGAAUACCAUUAAGGAUGAGAAGAUUGCUGGGCAAUUAGACCCUACCGACAAGCAGAAGAUCGAAAAGGCGGUGGAUGAAGCCAUUGAAUGGCUUGAUGGGAAUCAAUUGGCUGAAGUUGAUGAGCUUGAGGACAAGUUAAAGGAGUUGGAGGGUGUUUGCAAUCCUAUCAUUGCUAAGAUGUACCAAGGUGGUGCCGGUGCUGGUGAUGUGCCUAUGGGUGGUGACAUGCCUAAUGCUUCUUCUGGUGGAGCUGCUGGUGCUGGGCCAAAGAUUGAAGAAGUUGAUUAAAAAUGUUUUCUUGAUUGUUGAAGUUGUGUUUUGGGAUUCUGCUGUUCUUGCUCUGUUUUUGGAUGAAUUGGGUGUUUGUGUUUUUCUUUUUCUUUUUUUUUUUUUCUAAGGAAAUUAGUAUUAGUAAUUCUGUUUUGUUAUGAUUUUCAGUCUUGAAAAACAUAUAUAAUGUACAAGUUUUUCAUUGUUUACUUAGAUUAAUGAUAUAAUAAUUGUUCACAAGA